AUUCAAUGGCUUAUGUUGUAAAAAUACUACUUGUUGUAAAUUCCCCGCGCUUUGAUCGACCUGGAUGCGCAUGUCCAGUGCUCACCCCUCUGCGAUUAUUUCCAUUUCUUUCUUUUCUGUUGAAACGUCAACGCGAGGGUCUCGUGGUCUAUGAUAUAACAAAACAUGGCAAAAUCUCUACGCAGCAAGUGGAGGAGAAAAUGCAGGGCCAUAAAACGUCAAAGGUAUGGAGAGAAGGAAUUGGCCAGGCUGAAAAAGACUCUCGGUAUCGAUGAAACUGCACCCGUAGACACUGAUAUGAAAGAAAUCGCAGAUAUUGCAACAGUAACGGAUGCAAAGACUAUCAAAGAAAAGGCUGCGGCUAAGGAAAAAGAAAAAGGAACGGACGGUGAAUCAAUGGAGGUAGAAGGGGCGCGUGUAUAUAACAAGAGAACGAUGCGGGAUCAGUAUGGCAAUUAUCCUGUAUGGAUGAGCCACCGUAAAAUCAUGAAGCACAAGCAUGCUAGGACAAAAGGAAAGAAUGUCCCUACCACACAGACGAAGAAGAAACCUAAGAAGCUCCGGAAAAAAGUGAAAAAACAGACGCCUCAACAAUAAUUAUACGCAAAUUUGAUAUUAAUAAUGUAAAACAAUAAAAUGAGCUCCUCAAUUA